AUGGCGAAGAAGCUUGGCGGCGGCUCGGGUCUUUAUGUGUGCACGGUGCUCCAGUGGGGCAUUGGCAACGAGGACUGGUGGCGCAGCUGCGCCUCAACCCCUUCUCCCCACGCGCCGCCAGUCCCCCACGUCCGCGCUUGGGCGCACCGCCGCACCCCGCGCCCCCCGAAACCCUCGGCGGCCGGUGCUGACACUGACGACUUCCUGCCGGCUCAGGCUGCGCGUGGCGACGACGUGCUGUUUGAGCUUCACUCCCACUCAAACCAUAGCGACGGCUUCCUCUCCCCCACCGCGUUCGUCGAGCGCGCCCACCGCAACGGGGUGAAAGUUCUUGCCCUAACAGAUCACGACACUAUGGCUGGCAUACCAGAAGCUGUUUCAGCAGCUUCCAAGUUCGGCAUUAGAAUAAUUCCUGGAGUUGAAAUCAGUGCGCUGUAUAAUCCAAGGGAAGUUGCCGGUGCUGGUGAGCCUGUUCAUAUCCUUGCAUACUAUGGUACAUGCGGUCCAUCAAGAUAUGAUGAGUUGUACAACAUGCUAUUGAACAUCAGAGAUGGGAGAUACUUAAAUUUGCAGAGGAGCCAUCUUCUGCAAAUCUAG